CACACACACACACACACAGUUACUCACAGACAGACAGACACUCAGAGAGAGAGACAGAGAGAGAGAGAGAGCUGCAUGUGAUGGGACUCUCGUUCAGUCUGAUUGAAAAGUGACAAAUCAGAAGGAAUUCACAGAUUUUUUCAGACAUCUGCCAGGAUCCUGAACUUCUGCAGACGUUUAAUCUCAAGCAAUGCUGUGUUUGGGAGAUUCUACUGACUGCCUCCGGGACCAAGUACAGUACAUGAUGAGAUCCCUGCAGGACCUGAAGCAGAUCAGCAGGCCAAGGCCGCUGAGUGAACCAUGCGUCCGCUCUUUCGCCGCAACACGACACUGCAAGCAGAGGCCACAGCAGGACCAACUCACUCAGCUACGUGUCUCUGAUGCCAGUGAAGCCGGCACGUAUGACUCUGCCUGCUGCUUGGCCAGCCCGCUGGAAGAGGAGGAAGAGCAGCAGCAGCAGCAGCAGCAGCAGCAGCAGCAGCAGCAGGAACGCCUCGCACAAGCCUCCCCCGGGAGUGAGAAGAGUGUGGACUUUGACUCGGGUUACUCCGAGGCCUCUUGGCAAGAUGAAGGUGUGGUGUUGAGGAGGACCAGAAACGUGCGGGUCUCCUCGUCUGCCUGUCUCCGCACAAACCGAGGGCCUUCUGGCCGCAUCCGUCCCAAAUCGACCUCAGAUGCUUGCCUGGAGCGUUGGACGUCGUACGAGGUCACCGACCCAGAGGACUGGACAACACAGUUGCUGAGCAGCAGCAGGAACAGACAGCCUCUCGUGCUGGGGGACAACAGCUUUGCUGACCUCAUAAAGAACUGGAUGGACCUUCCGGAGUGUCCCGAGCCGGCACACAUGAGACCCAGUGCCAGUCGAGGCCUCGCGAGAGACAUUUUAGACAACAUGAGGAAGAGACUGUCUAAAACUGUGGAGGUAAAGCUGAGGCCGGCAGACUCCAGAAGAGUCAGCAGGGCGGCGGAGCCUCCCAAACGAAUGUCCUGCCCUGUGGGACUCCAGAAUUUCAAGCCUUUCUUUCACCAGUCACACACUGGACUCCAUCAACUGGACACUGACUUUUUCCAGUUCACUGCUCUGAUGAAGACCGGCAGCCGACAGCCCAUCAUAUGCAAUGACAUCAUUGGAUACAUUUGAGUGAAACGGCGACUACGGACACUUUGAAGUCGAAAUUGAAACAAGAUGGUUCUAUUUUUUUAAUAUUCGUACAUGUGGAAUAAAAGAUUGUGUGUAUUUAAUAAAAAAAAAA